UAAAAUGAAUCCAGGCCAUAAACUGACAAACAUAAACUAGUGGGUGGGGCGGUCCCUUCGUCAAAGAGGUCCUAGCAAAAUUAGGAGGUUCGAGAAGGUAACGAACAGGCGGGAGUCGAGUUCUUGAGGAGGUAGAUCGAUCUGAAGACUGCUGUCUGUCAUCCUUUAAUUUCUUCUCUUCUUUCUGUAUGAUAUGAUAAUCUGCUUGUCCGUCUAUUUUAGCGAUCUUUGAAAUUCGUUUAUCUAGGUUUUCGUCGUAGGUAGGGGCUUGUUUGUAUUUGUUUAGUCUGACUCCCGAUCUGUCUCGAUUAUCUUCAGACUUCGUUGUCCAGUAUCGAAGAACAAUGGCGGGUGGAAAUUUCAUGCACAGGGUGCUUUCCUAUGUGGUGAAUGAGCUUAUCGUCAACGGUUUAGCCAACAGCCCUUCGUUUCAGAGGUUUGCUGUGAGGACAUCAAAGAGGUUGGAGGAUGUUUCAAGUCUUGCCGGGAAGACUAAACAAGAACUUGCUGAACGUAUGAGGAAUGUAACCGAUAAUUUCAAGAAAUAGUAAUAGAGACUCUUGAUGGUCACUGCAGAAUUUCAAAAACUAGUAAUGGAGACUCUUGAUGGUGAAAAUCGCAGAGAUGUAAAUUUGUUUUGCCCUGUGACGGGAACAGCGGAAAGAGUUAUUAAGUAGAUAAUGAUGAAUAAUGGCUUGAGGCUUGUUGUAGCCUUUCGUUUUUCUUUGGUUUAGUGGGCAUAUUUGUUUGUACUGUAAAUAAUGGAUUCAUAUUUCUGGUUUUGAACCAAUAAAGCAUAUCCGAAAGAGAUGAUGUUGUCCACUGAGCCUUUCUGUAUCAACUGAACUCUACUCUAUCGACAAUCUGGUGUCAGUGAUUUCGUGUAUAAAUAAAAUUGCUAAACAACGCCCUAUCUUG